UAUAUAAAACAACAAUAAAAACAGUAGCAGCAGCAGAAAUUGAAAAAAUUAAAGUGGAAAAGGCGAAAAUUGCACAAUAAGUGCAAAACCGCAGCAACAACAAGUUAUGCAAUUGCAGCACUUGCAACAGCAAUUAAGAUCGACAUUUGUAAAACAAUGUGUUAAUUGCAGGCAUUUCGUCGGCCAACGUUUACAUUGACAUCAGCAACAACCACAAACGAUAAAUAACAACAAAUGCAAUUCGAAACCACAAUUCGAGCGCCCACGUAGGGCCCCAGAUGUGUUCGUGCAACACAAGAAACUGCUUAAAGCUCAUUGUGAAGUGAAAAAAAAGUGCGACAACAAGAACAAAGCAAUUUUUUGAGCUUGAAAAAAGUUCGAUGCAAUGCAAAUUGUAAUUUCACCAAUUCACUACUCCUUUGUAAUGGCUUAACUUAUGCUUGCCACAUGAUGUUAUUAAGGAAAAAUAGCUUUUGCAACAGCAAAUGUGGCAUUGAGUUUUCAAGCCGAGAAUAAUUGCAAAAUACGGACUUUUGCUGCUGCUAGUAAGGACCUGCUUGCCACAAAAUAUCACCAAAGAGUGACAACAACAGUAAAAGUUGAAGUUUACGCCCAACAAUAUUUAUGCACAAAGCAAUCAACAAGGCGCUGCCAUAGGCUUAACAACUGAGCUUUCAACACAAGUAUAACUACCGAUAUAUUAAAAACACACAGCAACAAUACCAACAAUCACAGCAUCCAUGAAUGGUGGUUUCCGCAUAACUGGCUAUCCAGCUGCUGCCGCUGCCGCCGUCGUAACAACCACUGCCAACAGCACGGGCGCAGCAUCAACUAGCAGCACAAUAUUGGCAGCUGGCAGCACGUCGACCAACGGCAGUGUGAUGCAUAAUGCCACCAAUGCCACCACUAUCGUUAGCACGGGAAACACGAAUAAAAUUAGUAACGAUGUUGCUAGUUAUCAUGCCAAUGUCGGCGGUGGCAGCAAUAAUGCCGCUUUUACGAAACAUUAUAAUCUAUCGCGCGCACCAAGUGGCGCAACUACAACGCAGCCACAGCAGCAACAGUUGCAGUUGAAACAACUGCAGUUGCAACGUGAACAACGCGAACGCGCGCUGGACUUGCACAUUAGCGAAUACCAACCGCCGACACCGACACAAUUCACCACCGUAGCACCACCGCUUUGUGGCACCACAGCCGCACCGAUUGCAUUGAAAGGCAAUAAUCCCUUUUUGAACAGUCCCUCGCCUACGGAUAUUCCGCCGUCAUCGGCAGCAAUGGCUUUUAGCUAUGUGCCGACAACACCCAUAACAACAACAUCAACAUCUAUAUCGGCAGCAUGUGGGAGCGCAAGCAAUCUUGCAGGCACUUCAUCAACCAGCAUUGGUGGCUACGAGAUGCCCGAAUAUGCAGAACCGCAACGAUUUCGCGCGCACAAACAAGUGCGACCGCACAGCAUUGCAGUGGCGUCUAUGAGCGCCAGCAUGGGAGUGGUGAGCAGCGCGGGGCAUGUAACCACAACACCCACAUCGUCCGCAACGAGCUACAGUGGCAGCGCUAACGAUUUGGCUUACAGCACACUGAGGCGCGCACCAAAGGCGCUGCCAAACAGUUUCGUGGACUACGCCUCGCGUCAUCAGCUGCAGCAGGAAGAGCAAUUACGACAACAACAGCAGCGUUUGCUGCAGCUUACGCGUCAGCAGCAACAAUUACGUAACGCCGGCAUCGUAGGAGGAGGCAGCAAUUCUGGCACGCCAGUUUCCGCUUGCAAUGCGCCUUCCUCAGCCGGCACGCCCACACCCGCAGCUAGCGUGGACAAGGAGGCUUUGUACGCUGCGCUUUUUCAGCAAUAUCGUAAUAGUCCAACGCACGCGCCAAACGCAACACUGCCACACAAGUUGCGCAGCAAUGCAACACCAGCGUCACACAGUGCAAAUAACGUGGUGUCCAGUAGCGUGGCCACAACUACCAACUAUUGCCCACCUGUGCCAUUGCAUCGCAAUCAAAAUAUGGGCAACGCUGGCGGACAACUACAUCAACAACAGCCACAGACGAACGCUUUGUUGCAGCAACCUGUCGUACCGCGUCGCUCACAUAGCACACCCCGCCCUCUAAAGAGUCUCAACGAUCCGCAGCAGCAACCACAGUCUCCCCAACAACCGCUCUCACCUGCGGUUAAUGGAACACAGCUGAAUGGUGGCUCUACGCCACGACCCCGUAGCUUGGAUCGUUUUAACAAUGACUCUAAACCAUCCGGCCUUUAUCAGCCGCCCCCGAUUCCGCUGCGUCGGUUUCCACCAGUCGUGACGAAUGCACGUCAAACACAAGGCAGUCCACAACCGGAACCAAGUGGUGGUACACCCAAGUUUAGCGGCAAGAAAAGCACUAGUAUCGACAAUAUACGCAAUGGCUUGUCCGCCAGCAUUGCCAGCGAUGGGAACUCAUUUGUUAGUACUGCCACCAUGGGUGGUAUGCGUCAUUCGGUCACCUUUCAUGGUCGCAGCCAGUCGGGUCAGAUCAAUGCGGAGCAUGGCUUCAACGGCGAGAAUGCAGCGGUGAGCUCUGCAAACAACACCUUCGGCGGCGGCAAUGUCACUAACUCAGCGACCUGGCAAAAGGGUGAGCGUCCACUUUCUUACGCUUAUGGCGCCAGCGCACCGGACCAGGUGUACCUAGAGAAUCAGCUACGCGCAUAUUCCGAUCAGUUGCGCACCAUAACGGAAAGUGUGCGCAAAUAUUCGGAGCAAGCCAAGUUAUUAUCGGAGCUUAAGCGUCAGCAACAACUAGCCAAAGCACAACACUUGCAGCCAAACAGUGGCAGCACUAAUUCGCCGACAUUGGGUGGCCCGUCGCAAAGCCUUCAUGUGCCCAGUUCGCAGUGUAGCAGUAACUUUUCUUCCAAUAUGAUUUCGCCGGAGAUUGUAAGUAAGUCACUUGCUUCGCUUUGCUCUUCAACAGAGGCACAAACACCUUCGCAUCAACUGCGCCUCUUUCUGGAUAACAUACGCAGCACUAUGCGCACAGAGUAUCAUCAAAAUAUACCCGAAGAUAUGCUUAAACCCAUAACUGAGUUAAAGUCGCCAACAGCUCUGCAACAACAGCAGCAGCAGCAACAACAACAACAACAACAGCAACAACAACAACAACAGUCACAGAUACCGCAGACACAAGCCACCGCGCAACCUGCAAACUUUAUGGCUUACAAACGACCAAAUCUCGACGAACCCCUACGCAGCUCACCAGUGCAACCAAGUCAUUCAACUACUGCCUCAAACGCCGCUAACAACAAAACACGUGACAGCGAAUUGCCUACACCAUCCGAUCAACUGCGUCUCUUUCUCGAUGCUAUACGCUCGAAUAAGAUACCCGAAACCGAUGAUAAACCCAAGCUCGCCAAUUCGCAGACACUCGACUCAUUCAUUUCCAAACCGCUACAAAUGCCCGACGUCACUUCGGGCACACCUGGCGCCCAGCUAAGCGGCAUGCCACCAACCCGACGACGUCCUAAAAGCGCAAUCGCCACCACCAGCAAGCUGGAAAACGAUGGCGCCGAGCACUCCAUGAUCACAUCGGAAAGUUUUCAUCAGAUUUCCGACAAUUUACGUCUAAUGAGCGAAGAUCUCAAAGCACUCAGCCCGAGCAAAGUGAUGGCGAGCAGCUCGGCGAGUAGUGGCAAUUUGAAAAUUGCGUCAUCGCUCUCACCUUCGCUAACCACCGAAUUGCGCGUCAUAACCAGUCAUUCGCCACUCAGCAUAUCACCAACAAAUCAACCCACUAGCACACACUAUGCACCGCUGAGUCGUGCGAAUGUCAAUAGUUUCGGUGCCAACUCUACCAACGCCAAUUCGUAUGGCGUACAAACGAGUACGAAUUCCCCAUCGCCUUCACAAUCGACACAUUCGCAAUCGACGAGCGCAACAACGACACCCUCAACAGCGCCUCUAAUGACUGACUUCAAUGCCAUACUCGAUAGUUUUCAAGAGAUGGCUGACAAGUAUAAAUCCAAAGGUUCCUAUGAUUACUUACGCAAAUGCUCAGAUGCACUUCGUCAGCAUUCACAGCAAUUGAAAUUGCGUGAGCAACAACAACAACAACAGCAUCAGCAAAUGACCAACGGUGGCGGCGGUGGUGGUGGCGGUGGCGGGUUCAUGGGUAGUGAUGACAGCAGUUCGUGUAGUACAACGCCGGGUAGUAUACGAGAGGCUGUGCAAAAUCUAUUGAUGCAACCCAGAAACGGUUUUCAGAUACUCGACGACCGAAUGCGACUCUUUAUCGACAUUAUCGAUAGUCAGGAUCGACUAAGUCAG